GCAAGCCAAAAUGGAGGGCAAUUCCAUACUCCAUGCUUUUAACAACAUUUAUUUUGCAAUUUUUGCUUUAUUUUGCUUCAAGCUUUUAAUUAAGAUUUCUUUGGCUCUGCUGACCCACUUCUAUAUUGUUAAAGGAAACAGAAAAGAGGCUGCCAGGAUAGCAGAAGAGAUCUAUGGAAUAGCCCCAGGUUCCUGGGCAGAUCGCUCUCCUCUUCAUGAAGCUGCAUUCCAAGGGCGCCUGCUAUCUUUGAAAACUUUGAUUGCACAGGGAUUCAAUGUGAACAUUGUAACAAUAGACCGGGUUUCUGCUCUCCACGAGGCCUGUCUAGGUGGCCAUGUUGCUUGUGCGAAAGUCUUACUGGAGAACGGCGCUCAAGUCAAUGCAGUCACUGUUGAUGGCAUCACUCCUCUAUUUAAUGCCUGCUGUAGUGGCAGUGCAGCUUGUGUGAACAUGCUACUUGAAUUUGGUGCCAAGCCCCAGCUAGAGAGUCACCUUGCUUCACCUAUUCAUGAAGCAGUAAAGAGAGGUCAUAGGGAGUGUAUGGAAAUUCUCGUGGCCAAUGAUGUUGACAUUGACCAAGAAGAUACUCAGCAUGGAACACCCCUUUAUGAGGCCUGCACAUAUCAGAGGACAGACUGUGUCAAGAAGCUUCUAGAAUUAGGAGCCAGUGUUGACUUGGGUAAACGAUUGGACACCCCACUCCAUGCUGCAGUUAGGAAAUCCAGUGCAGAAGUAGCCAACUUGUUAAUAGACUAUGGUGCUAGCAUGACAUGCAGAAAUGCGGAAUUCAAAUGUGCCCUGGAUCUGGCAGCCCCCAACAGCAAAAUGGGAAAGGUGCUCUUGCUUCGGGAAGGUCCUGCCAGCCUUGCCCAACUAUGUCGGUUGUGUAUCAGGAAGUGUCUGGGUCGCUCAUGCCUUUAUGUAGUCCACAAGCUGAAUCUUCCUGAGCCACUUGAAAAAUUUCUUUUAUAUCGAUAGCUCCACGAGUGUCUAUGAGAUGAUCGCCAGGGGAGGAACAGAAUGCCUGUUUACCACAAAUAUAUCAAAUCAGGGUGAAAAAUGAAGACAUCAUUUACUGCUUAUAAUAGGUACCAAACUACUUUACUGCUGACAUAACAGGACUCCCUGACACAGUACUUCUAUAUGUUGAAGCCACUGGAAACUGUUUUGUAGCCCAGUGCAUCUUACCAUGGAAAGGAUACCCUCACACUUCAGAGUUAGUCCACUGAUCUUAGAUAAGAGAUUCACAUACACAAACUACUGAUUUAUAUGGGUGUGCUUGUGUAGGGGGGAGAAUUAAUACACCCAAACAGCUGAUUGUGGGCAGAUAUCAUAGAAUACUAGAACUGGAAGGG